AUGGACACGCCCUCGCCGCCGCUGAUGCCCGCGUCGCUGGCCAGCGCGCGCGAGGUCAGGAACGCGGUCGCCGAGGCCAUCGGGGCGUUCCGGCGGCGCUCGGAGGAGUCGGCAUCGGCGGCGGCGGAGACGACGGCAGACGAGGACGAGGAGGGCAGUGGCUCUUCUGGCGCAACGCCGUCGCUGGACGUCACGUUCGAGCUCGACGACAUGUUCAGAUUCGGCGGCAUGGUUGAUUCCGCAUCGUACUACGAGAGCUUGGCGCAGGGGCUGCUCGUGGACGCGCCGGCCGCCGCCGGAGCGGGAGCGUGGUGGGAGGACGUCGAGCAUGGCACCGCUGACAUCGCACUGUGGAGCUACUAG